CGGGGACGGGGUGGGGGUCUCUGGGACCCCCUUGAUUUGCUGGUACAACCGCUGUUUAUUUUCUCCCACCCCAGGUUUUUCCUCAAGUUUUUCCUCAAGUGCAACCAGAACUGCCUGAAGAACGCGGGGAACCCCCGGGACAUGCGGCGCUUCCAGGUGGUGGUGUCGACGACGGUGAACGUGGACGGGCACGUCCUGGCCGUGUCCGACAACAUGUUCGUGCACAACAACUCCAAGCACGGUCGGCGGGCACGGCGCCUCGACCCCUCCGAAGCAGCCACCCCCUGCAUCAAAGCCAUCAGCCCCAGCGAGGGCUGGACCACCGGAGGUGCCACCGUCAUCGUCAUCGGGGACAACUUCUUCGACGGGCUGCAGGUGGUCUUCGGCACCGUGCUGGUGUGGAGCGAGCUCAUCACGCCGCACGCCAUCCGGGUGCAGACCCCCCCGCGGCACAUCCCCGGCGUGGUGGAGGUGACGCUGUCCUACAAGUCCAAGCAGUUCUGCAAGGGCGCCCCGGGACGCUUCGUGUACACUGCGCUGAACGAGCCCACCAUCGACUACGGGUUCCAGCGGCUGCAGAAGGUGAUUCCCCGGCACCCCGGGGACCCCGAGCGCCUGCCCAAGGAGGUGCUGCUGAAGCGGGCGGCUGAUCUGGUGGAGGCUCUGUACGGGCUGCCCCACGGCAACCAGGACGCGCUGCUGAAGCGCGCGGCGGACGUGGCCGAGGCGCUGUACAGCGUCCCCCGCGGCCCCGCGCAGCUCUCCUCGCUGGCCGGCACCCACGGGCCCCCCGGCGUCAUGGGGGUCGGCUCCUUCGGCACCCAGCUCCCCGGCACCGUGGGCGACUCGCCGCAGGGACCCGAGCAAGGGUACGCCCGGGGCACGGGCAGCGUCUCGCCGCGGGGCUACGGGCCCAGCCCCACGCCGCAGCCGGGGGGGUACAGCGGCAGCGCCGGCAUCACCGGCUACGGCGGCAGCAUGGCCGGGCUGGGGGUGCCCGGCUCCCCCAGCUUCCUCAACGGCUCCACCGCCAACUCCCCCUACGCCAUCGUGCCCGCCAGCCCCCCGCUGGGCGCCUCCUCCAUCACCCUCCCCGCGGGUGCCGCCGCCACCCCCAGCGGGGGCUUCUCCUUCUCCCCCGUCAACAUGAUCUCGGCCGUGAAGCAGAAAAGCGCCUUUGCCCCCGUGGUGCGGCCGCAGCCGUCCCCGCCGCCCGCCUGCGCCAGCGCCAGCAGCCUCACAGACCCAGCAUUCGAGGACUCAGACAAGUUCCACGCGUCGGCGCGGCCGCUGCAGGGACUGGCCUAUUCCUAAGCACACCAUGCCCGGCCACCUCGAGCCGCCCGGGUGAGCUGGGACAGGGACAGAGCCGUGACAUGGAUGGAGACUGAGCGUGGCCCCCCCACCCGCUCCCAGGGGUUCUUGCUGGGGUGGGGGCAUGUGGGGCUGCAGGACCCCCUGCCCAGCACCAUCGAGCUCAGCCCCUCCUAGGACAGGGGCUGACCCCCCAGCAGGGUGUCCCCAGGGUGGGGGGGUGGCCCUGGCCAGGGCCAGCACUGGCGUGGCUUGGUGCAGCCCCCAGGGCAAGAGAGGGGCCUUGGGGGGACCCGGGAGUGACCCAAAGCUCAGGGUUUGGCCUCAGAAAGACACCGAGACACCCACGCGGUGACAGCGGCGGGAGCCAUGGGCAGGGUGGGAUGGGGGGACGUUCCAGAGCAGGACGGAUGCUCGAGGUGCGAUAUCGGGAUGCUGGGGGGCAGGACGGAUGCUCGGGGGCGGGAUGGAUGCUCCAGUGGGACCCAGCUCCCCCCACACUUCCCGGCUCUCUCCCCGCCCUGGCCAGUAUUCUCUCCCCAGAUGUGCAGCUCCACAUCUGGAGCCGCCCACCCACAGCUGCCGGAUCUGUGCUGCACCCCGUGCCCCCGCGCGGGAUCAGGGCCCCGGUGGUGCCCGGGGGGAGAUCCCACACCCACUGCCCCACGCCCAGCGUGGGGGCAGCACAGUCCCCGGCCCCGUUGAACACCGGGCCUGGCUGCCCAGGGCACAACCACAGCGCUUUCCUCCUUACCAUCACUAUUGUUAAUAUUGUUAUUACUUUCAGCAGCAGGCGGGGCUGGCAGGCGGGCAGGAGCCCCCCGGCGCUGCCCGUUCCGGGGGGGGUUCCACAGCCCCCAGCCCAGAGGGAACGGCCAGGAACUUUGUAAAUAAAGAAAAGGGAAAAAUAUCCCAAACCACUCCCCCACCCCCACCCCCCCGUGGGGCUGCCUGUGUCCCCCACCACAUCUCGUGCCACGACCAUGGUGAUGCCACCGUGCCCUGGUCAGUGUCAACACGUGUCCCCUCCGUUGCCCCUCGCUUGGUGCUGGGUCCUGGCCUGCUGUCCCCAGGCUGAGGUGACCAUGGGGGUCCCUGGGCUGGGGGUGGGUCCCCCCCCGACCUGGGGAUGGGGUCCCAGUCCCCCCACGGCGGUGGCACAGGCCGGUGGUCCCCGGGUCCCUCACAGCGGGGGGGUUUCUGACAUGGAAAUAAAAGGCCUUGCAGAAGG